AUGCGGCAGCGAUUAUCGGUACAAUACUUUAACGAAGCCGGGGCUCGAGAACCAGGCAUUGAUGCCGGUGGCUUAUUCAAAGAAUUCUGGACAGAUCUGUGUGCAAUUGCUUUCAACCCCAACUACGCACUUUUUUCGGUCACCGAUGGCGCCGGAAACUGCUUAUACCCAAACCCCUCGUCCGGUGCUGCCCAUGGAACACCAGACCAUAUUGUCUUGUUUGAAUUCCUGGGCCGAAUAUUGGGUAAGGCUCUCUUUGAAGGCAUCACAAUCAACCCACGGUUUGCUCAUUUCUUUCUGAGUUUUCUUCGAGGUGACUAUAACUACCUACACAUGUUGGCAGACCUGAGUACCGUCGACCCGCAGCUUUACAACAAUUUGAUGUUUUUAAAGGCCUAUGAGGGUGAUACAACAGAUUUGUGCCUCACUUUCAGCAUAAUGCAUGAUCAAUUUGGUGGGAACAAAGAUGUCCUCUUAAUUCCAGACGGAGCAAACGUGGAAGUUACAAACGUCAACAAGCAGCGCUAUGUUGAACUUGUUGCAAAGCACUAUGUUGUCGAUCGUGUCAAAGAUCAAUCAGAGGCAUUCACGCGAGGACUCUGGGAAGUCAUUGAUCGGUCUUGGCUGCGUCUUUUUAACGAGCCCGAGCUUCAAGUUCUCAUCAGUGGUGUAUCGGAUGGAAAACUUGAUGUCGAAGAUUUGCGGGCACAUUCACGCUACGCUGGUGGAUUCACUGGAAUAGACAGAACAGUCAACCGCUUUUGGAGUGUCUUGUCUUCAAUGAGCAGUAAGCAGCAAGCUGAUCUAUUGCGUUUCGUAACGUCUUGCGAGCGUCCGCCACCCCUUGGAUUUGGGAGCUUAAAUCCUCCUUUUACAAUCCAGCGGGUGGGUAUUCUACGAGACGGAGAUAAGCUACCUUCAGCCUCGACGUGCUUUAAUGUGCUGAAGUUACCUACGUACAGUAGCGAGAAGGUACUGAAGCAACGUUUGCUCUACGCUAUUGAAUCCGGAGCCGGCUUCGAGUUGUCCUAA